AUGGGCUCGUUUUUGUCUCGUGACGAGUUCCCUAUUGAGGGCAGAACAGUUCUAAUUACAGGCGGUUCCAGAGGUCUCGGCUUAGCCGCAGCGCGCCAACUCUCUUCCAAAGGCGCAAACGUCGGUAUAGUCGCCCGUGACCCAACCGUCUUGAAAGAAGCUCUCACUCAAGUCGAAGCAUCUGCCCAAUCUUCAUCUCAGCGCUUCUUCUCACUCACAGCCGACGUUACCCAAGCUUCCGAAUGCUCUCGUGUAAUCGCAGAAGUCACUGCCUGGAAUGAUGACAGCCCGCCGGGUGUUGUCUGGUGUUGUAGUGGAAGCGCGCACCCGACUUUGUUCGUUGAUACACCGGUUGAGCAGCUUCAGACUAUGAUGGAUAGCAAUUAUUUCUCAAGUGCGUAUAUGGCUCAUGCUACGCUCAAUGUGUGGCUGAAGCCUGCUAUCGAUGGUACCACGAAGAAGACCACAGAAGCCAAGUCACCGGCGUCCCGUCACAUCAUCUUCACGGGAUCUUUUGUUUCGUUAUACAGUUUUGCAGACUCUCUAUCACAGGAGAUGAACCUAUACGCAGGCGCCCAUUCCAAUGAGCCUCGUGUGCGCAUACAUACCGUCUUCCCAGCCACGAUGCCAACCAAGUCACUUGAUGACGAGAACAAGGUCAAGACAGAUGUUACAAAAGCGCUUGAGGAGGGUGGCCAGAUCCUCACACCGGAUGAAUGUGCACGUCGUGCAAUUGUGGGGUUGGAGAGGGGGGAAGAACUCAUUGCGACGAGCACUAUUAUUAGACUCGUCAUGACUACUGUUAUGGGGGGUGCCAUACGUGGUGGAUUCUGGACCGGCUUGGCAAAUACAUUGCUGAGUUGGGUUGUGAUGAUUGUUAUGGUAUUUAUUCGGUGGGAUAUGGAUGUCAAGGUCCGCAAUUGGGGUAAGAAGCAUGGGCCGAGCGGUAUGGCGACCAAGGAUAAGUGA